CCAGUUAUAUGAAACCCUUAUAACUGUGCAGCAAAAUAAAUGUCAUUCAACAUGGAAAAGUGUCAUGUAUUUGACGAAUAAUUACCGUCAACAUUGCGUGAUUGGCUGAAUCAAGCGGAAGGCGGCCUGUGGCGCUAUGACUUAGAUUUGGUCCCAACUGGUUUAGGGCUUAGGGUUGAGGCUUCGGCUUGUGGCUCUGGUGGUGGUUGGGGGCUGCCCUUUUGGAGCUGCCGUUUUUGUGUGUGACAACAACCUAUAAUUACUUGGCAGUCAGACCUUCGGGUGCAGCUGAAGCCGCUCGCUCGAAUCAGGAAUACGCGCCGCAGGCUCAAACACAACGCGGCCGUCGGCGUGCACGGUAGUCCCAAGUCCCAAUAGUUUGUCUCCGGAAAUUCUGGGAGCUGCUCACAAUGUACUCGCCGGCUAAAUCGCCCAUCGUGGACGUCACCGAAACCAUCUCCCUGCACAGUGAACUGGACGUCGAACUGGAGCCGAGCUGCAACACCAACUUUACGAUACCUUCGACGCAUAAUCUGCGCAUGCCGCUGCCUGGACUCGCACUGCCCAAUCUUCUGGCGUCCAAGAGCAAUGGCAACUUGGGCGCUGCCACGUUACCCGCCUUUGAAUAUAUUGCGCCCCCGAAUCAUGCGAUGCAGUCUUUUGAUUUUCCGCUCAUGGAGCUGAAUCGUGUUGGCAUGUUUCCCGGAUUUCUGCAUCGACGGGCGCGCGGCGAAAAGCGGCCCAUACCAGAUGCCCAAAAGGACGCCAAAUACUAUGAGCGACGCAAACGCAACAAUGAGGCGGCCAAGAAGUCGAGGGACGCACGCAAGAUCCGCGAGGAUCGGAUUGCGUUUCGUGCCGCGCUCCUCGAGCAGGAGAACUCCAUACUGCGCGCCCAGGUUCUGGCAUUGCGCGAUGAGCUGCAGACGGUGCGGCAGCUGCUCGGCGCCACAGCGGGCGGCAUGCUGGGCGUGGCUAGGCAAGUCUGAUCCAAGAAUGGAUACGAGUGUGUAAAUAUGUAUAUGUGCA